AUGUCGACUCGGACUAUAUUACGCCAUGAGUACACGGUCGCCUGGAUAUGCGCAUUUGGACAUAAUAUAGUAAUUGCCUGCCUACCGUCAGGCGUCUAUGGCACGAAUUCUGCUACAUCCUCGGUGGCUCAUUUGAAACGAACAUUUCCCUCUAUUAGAUUCGGGUUGAUGGUCGGGGUCGGAGGGGGGGUGCCUUUCAACGGAGCCGAUGUUCGCCUCGGUGAUGUGGUCGUCAGUAUGCCUACCGAAAAAUACGGAGGUGUGUUUCAAUACGAUCAAGGGAAAAUGUGUCAUGGACACUUGGAGCCGACGGGGUGUCUCAACAAGCCAUCUCCGCUCCUCCUGACCGUUCUUUCCAAGAUGCGCGCAUCCUACGUAUUACCAGAGUCGAAGCCCAAGCGAAUAGUUGCCGAUUCCUUGCAGCGACACCAGGCAAUCGGGCACUUUUCUCGCCCACAUAAUGACUGGCUCUUUCACGCAAUGUAUGAGCAUCACAGAGGCAAUCCAAACUGUUUAUCGUGUGACAAAGAAAAACUGGUUCUGCGUGAACCACGGGCAACUGAUGAACCGCAUAUUCAUUACGGCCUAAUUGCGUCCGGUAAUCAAGUCAUGAAGGAUGCUCAGACACGAGACUCCAUUGCCAAAGAUCUCCCUGCCCUCUGUUUUGAAAUGGAAGCGGCGGGAAUUAUGGAUCAGCUUUCAUGUCUAGUCAUACGAGGGAUCUGUGACUACUGUGAUUCCCACAAGCAGAAAAACUGGCAGGGCUAUGCAGCUCUUGCCGCAUCCGCUUAUACGAAGGCACUCUUAUCACUCGUUCCCCUAGUGCAGGGCACCGUAUCCGAAGAAGGAUUCGAAUUUACCGAAAGAAAAGGGUCUCUAGCAAUACUGCUCAACACUGAUCCUGAACAACACAUAAGCUCCUGGAAGCGGAGAAAAGUAAACCGCACUCCAGGGACAUGCAGCUGGUUUCUAGAGUCAACCGAGCUCACGUCUUGGUUUCGGCGAGAUCACGACAUCGAUAGCCUGGAACAAAACGUUUUGUGGCUAUAUGGUAACCCGGGAAUCGGCAAGUCGACGAUGGCCAUGACGCUUGUAGAGGAGCUACCGAAGAAAGAUUAUUUCACCGACGGACAUAAUAUUCUAUCAUUCUUCUUUUGCGAAGCCAGCCAUGAACACCAGCGAGGGGCGACAUCAAUCUUAAGGGGCCUCAUAUGUCAGAUACUCAAUCAAUACCCACCGUUCAUGAGGAGUGUCAUGUCAAGAUAUGAAGUUCGAUGUGAUGACCUUACUUCAUUUGAUACUUUAUGGGCAGUUUUGAUGGAUGUGGGAAGAGCAGUUGAGGGUCCUGAGAUAUACUGCAUUGUUGAUGCUUUGGACGAAUGCGCAGCUGAUUCCCAGGACAUGCUGCUUCAACAAAUAUACCAUUCAUUCAGCGAGGAACGCGUAUCAAGUUCGGCCCCACAUAAGUUACACAUGUUGAUCAUCAGCCGUCCAUAUCCCGACCACGAGAGUUGCCUAUCCAUCUUCAGAUGUAUAGACCUCGGGUCUUGUGAAGGUGUAGAGCGCGAUCUUGAAGAUAUGAUCCAGGAUACAGUGAAGAAGCUUGCAAGGAGAAACAGAUACACUGAAACCGUUUCUCGGGAAGUAUCUCGCAUCCUCAAAGAUAAGGCUGAAGGAACAUUCCUGUGGGUCGGCAUUGUUUAUGACGAAUUGAAAUCGGUACGGUCAUGGAAGGUUAUCGAGAGACUCCAUGCUUAUCCACGAGGGUUGCAUUCUUUAUAUAAAAAUCUGCUCGACGCAGCUGUCAAAUCCACCACAGUUGAUAGCCCAGAUGAUUACCCACUCAUCAGAAGAAUUUUGGAGUUUGUUGCAUUUGCAAUAAGACCUCUGACAUUGAUGGAAAUAGCUGAGGCAUGCCAACUAUACCUUGACAAAGAUCUUGAUACUCGCCUUCAGUUCACGAGAGACAUUAUUGGCUUGUGCCAUUUGUUGAUUGUCGUUGACAAGGAUCAUGUGCGGAUGCUGCAUGGGUCGGUUCAAGACUUUUUACAGAUGGAGAUGCAGGAUAUCAAUCCCAAAGUAUCAAACUAUGCUCUUUCACAUCGCUGUAUCGAGGUUGUUCUUCAAUAUUGUUGGCCAGGCAUGGAUAGGUCAACACUGGAUUCUAGCCAGGGGUUCCUCGGCUAUUCAGUACUGCACUGGCCAGAACAUGCAAAUCUGGCUGGGACGGAAUUCACUGUUUCAAGAGAGAUUGAACAAUUUUGUCGAAACCGGCGCGGGACGUGGAAACGGUGGCUAGAUAGUCACGACUACAUGAAGCGAUGCUCUGGAGGUGAUCCAGUCACUGGGCUCUCCGCCACUCAUGUUGCCGCUCGCUGGGGGAUUAUCCCAUUGAUAUUGUGCUUUCAAGAUGAGCUGGAGGAGGAAGAUUUGGAUGGAGAAACUCCUCUACUCACUGCCGCUCGGCACUCUCAACUUGACGUCAUAAAGAUUUUAGUUGAUUCUGGGGCAUACGUGGAUGCUCUGAAUAACGAUCAUCAAAAUGCACUCCAUAUAACUUGCAAAAACAGUCACGACAAGGCCUGCAAACUAGCCGACUUUUUGCUUGACAGUGGGGUCUCCUCAUAUGAGCAUGACAAAGAUAAUAUGACACCUUUCCUUUAUGCGAUUGGGAACUCGCAUAUAGAACUCGCACAAGUUUUUCUUCGGCAUGGAUUCGAGGUCAGACAAAGUUUCCAAAGACAAUGGUGGCCUGAACGAAGACUAGUGAAUACCAUUACACACAGUCUUCACGACCAGCAAGUGGUGGCCCGAGACAAUGGAGAUUCCGGUCUAACAGCGCUUCAUUUCUCUGCUCUGAACGCAUGCUCCAAAAUGACCGCUUUUUUGCUCCGACAUGGGGCCGAUCCGAACGCUCGUUCCGAUUUCAGCGACACCCCGUUACAUCUUGCAAUCAGGCGCCGCCUUAUAGGUCGCAAUUAUGACGAUGUCUGGGAGAAUGGUGGUUACGUCAAUGAGUGUUUCAAAAUCUUUAUUAAUCAUGAAAGUGAAGAAGCUUUUGAUAUCUACCGACUUGUUGACAACACUGGGGUAGAUAUUGUUGAGACGCUCCUAGAGAGUGAAACUAUCGACGUUGAUUUGGCUAACUCUGCUGGGGAUUGCCCUCAGCAUGUGAUAGACUUUGGUAAAGACUAUGCAUGGCCUAUUUUGCGCAAGCUCAUUGAGAAAGGAGCCGAUAGUUCAAGGCUGAACGGAUCGCACCAGACGUGUCUCCACCUUGCUAGCAAAAGAGGAAACCUAGAGGUUGUACGCAACCUUGUGGCAGACGGCCAUGAUAUUCUGCUGAAUGAUAUCGACGGGUUGAAUCCGUUUCACUAUGCAUUGGAUCAUGGCUGUUUGGGUGUCGUGCAGUUUAUGUCAGAGGCUCGUGACAGCGAGCUUUCGGAUGUUUGGGACUCGCUAGAUAACCACGGCAGAACCCCGUUGCAUCAUCAUGUCUCGUCCGUCUUCUGCUAUACUGACAUGGUUGACUUCCUGAUACAGCGGGGUUGCAACAUAAAUACACCCGACGGAAAGGGAAACUCCUCCCUUCAUCUGUAUGUGGACUCGUUCCAUCUGAAGGUUGACAAAGAGAUGUUUUUCUUCUUCAUCCGGAAGGGUGCUGAUCCGCUAUGGGUCAAUGAACGUCAAGAAAAUCUGGCACACCUUCUUAUGCAUCAUAGAGGAGCAGAUCAUGAGCUCCUCAAAUUCCUGUUUGAUUCGGGCUUGGAUCCAGCAGCACGAGAUACAGACGGGAAGUGCUUUAUUCACCAUGGAGCAAUCUAUGGUGUGUUCACGAAAGAACUUGUAGAGUUCCUUCACUCAAGAGGUGCCUUGGAUAUGCAAAGCAGAGACUCGGCUGGCAAGACCCCCCUCGAUUACGCUGAAGAAAAGACUCAUCAGGGAUUCUCGGAUUUUGAACUCUUACAUUCUGCUUGGAAAUGGAGAGAAUCCUUUGACAAUUUGAGCGCAGUGACUAGUAUGCUCCUAUGAGGUUUUGUCGUUCCCAAGAGUAUUCUCGGAAUUCCAGAUGUUGUUGAAAGCCAUUUUUCCUGAUUACUAUUUAAUUAGAGGGCGUGAAUAAUGCAGAACCCCCUGCACGUUCUAUGCAUGCGAUGACCCUGUGCUCGGAGAUCUGACCAAUGAUCGACUGCAUUCAUGGAGCACACAAGCUUCAAGCAGUAAAACAGAUCUCUUCAAACAUUAGAAUCUCUCAUCACUUUGGAGUAAUGGAGGGCUUUCAAGAAAGGGAGUCGUCGCC